UGGUGCAGGAAACAUGAACACGUUUCUGGUGCGUUAUGGGCUCAUCUCUGCUUUCUGUUGCUGAGCAGCUUUUGAAAGCCCUUCAGAGAACUUACUCGGAGACAAACCAGAUACCAGAUGACCUACUAAUAGCAUUACGGUUUGUGUUUGGCCAAUGUGCUCUUCAGGCGUUGGGCCUGGUGGACCAGCGCUCUGUCACAUGUUUGUCAUCACCUAGCGGUCGAAAGGCAUUUCAGGUGUUAGGUGGAUCAGGGCAUCUGUACACGUGCUUCACGUCCUGUCACUACUGCCCAUGCCCUGCCUUCUCCUUCUCUGUGCUCCGGAGAAUCGAGAGUCUGAUGUGUAAGCACCUCCUGGCUGCCUAUCUGAGUCAGGCCAUGGGUUUGUGCCAGCAGGAGCAGGUCUCAGAUCAGAAGAUGACCCAUAUUCUCUCAGGGAAAACUGGGGCCAGCACAUAAAUAACUGAUCCUGGAGUAGAGUGAGACUCUGAUAAGAAUAU